AUGACGCCAUCGCUCGCCAUCGCCCUCCUCACCAUCGCCAGUCUCGCCUCCGCCUCCUCGUCCUCGUCCCCCUCUACGCCUAUUCCCCUCGUCAUCUGGCACGGCCUCGGCGACUCCUUCUCCGGCGAGGGCAUCCAAGCCGUCGCCUCCCUCGCCGCCGCCAUCCACCCGGGCACCUUUGUCCAUCCCAUCUCCCUCGCAAGCCCCUCCGACAGCGACGACCCUUCCUCGGCCGACCGCUCCGCCACCUUUUUCGGCAACGUCUCGCAGCAGGUCGACGCCGUGUGCGCGCAGCUCGCCGCGCACCCUGUGCUCUCCACCGCGCCCGCCAUCGACGCCCUCGGCUUCUCCCAGGGCGGCCAGUUCCUGCGCGCCUACGUCGAGCGCUGCAACGCGCCCCCCGUGCGCAGCCUCGUCACCUUUGGCAGCCAGCACAACGGCAUCGCCGAGUUUCGCGCCUGCGCCGCGUCCGAUUUCCUGUGCAGGGGCGCCAUGGCCCUGCUCCGCUUCAACACCUGGAGCAGCUUCGUGCAGAGCCGGCUCGUCCCCGCGCAGUACUUUCGCGACCCGGUGGACCUGCCCGCGUACCUCGAGGGCUCGCGCUUCCUCGCCGACGUCAACAAUGAGCGCGAGGCCAAGAAUGCGCGCUACAAGGAGAACCUCGCGAGUCUGACCAAGUUUGUCAUGUUCUUGUUCGAGGACGACACCAUGGUGCAUCCGCGCGAGUCGUCGUGGUUUGGCGAGGUCAAUGGCACGGACAAGGUGCCGCUGCGCGAGCGGCAAUUGUACAAGGAGGACUGGCUGGGCUUGCGCGCGCUCGACGACAAGGGCGGACUGGUUUUUCGGUCCAUCACGGCGGAUCACAUGCAGAUUCCGGAACAGGCCCUUAACGAGACGAUGCGAGACUUUUUCGGGCCGCUGGAGCGCCAAUUUCCCUCGCAUCGUUACGAGGAGCCCAAGAUCUACGGCCACAGCUUUGUCAACCUCGAGCUGUAG